CGAUCAUGCCCCCUCGCCGGAGCCCGCGGCAGGCUGCCAAACAGGAGGCGGAAAAACAGCCAGAGUCUCUGUCGACGCUUAAAGAGGCUCAGAAUGCUUUUGUCAAUGCUCUGGCUAGCAGGGGUAGAGGAGGACAGAUCGUCGAAGUCGUUAUUCCUGUUCGCAAGAAAAGGAAGGCUACAACGCCUGAGCCUGCACCCUCUUCCCCACCUGCAGGACGUGAAGAUGCAGAGGAAGAGGAGGAAGAAAACGAUGAUGCACCUGAGCCAGUGUCGAUGAAAAGUGGCCGAAAAGCUGCCGAAGACGAGGCAAAGAAGGUGAAGGAGUUUGAACAAACCACCGCUGCAAAGCGAAGAGAGGCAAAUCGGAAACGUGACCAAACACUCAAGGAACGAGCUGAUGCUCAAGGCGGCAAACGAAAAAGGCGCACGGCUGGAGAAGAUGCCGAGAACAUCCCGCAGGUCACUCUGGAAGAGGCGGCUAGCAUUCCAUUACCCCCAUCGGAUGGGGUGGACGAGGAGCAGAUAUCAGCAGAGAAAAGGAUGGAGCGAGCUAUGGCUGAGGCUGCGAAAGAGGACGAGGAUGAAGAAGCCGAUCAACCGCAAGAAGACCAAGUCAUUUUGGGAACUGGAGACAUCGAGAUGGACGAGCAUGACGACUCUGCUACGGCUGUCUCUGGGGAUGCGCCUGAGCAACCUCGCCACACCCACUUGGAUGUUAUCCAGGAGGAGGAAGAGCCCUCUGAGGAACCUGCGCCAACUGCCAUCCCCCGACAACUUCCUGACCACCUUUUUGCCUCUGCUGCUGCUGCCAUCUCCGAAGCUCUGAAGAAAGAUACCUCGCAGAAGAAAGCGAAAAGAGCAGAGAAAGUGAAGGAGAAGGAGCAGAAAAGACGUCGGAAAGACUCUAUGAAGGACCGCGUUGUUGGAUCUCGUGUUGUCAAGGUGGUGCCCUCUCAUUCUCUGCCCGAUACCGGCACCAAGACGGGUGUCGCAGCAGCACGCUUUGUACGGCAAAGACUGAAUCUCGCCAAGCCACAAAACGGCCUGAAAAAGCAGAAGAACCUCAAAGGCUGGGACCGUAAGGAUGCUCAUCUAACCAUCAGCCAAGGUUCUACCGGACCCGCAAGGCGCUUUGCGAGGAGCAUGAAUGCGUAACCGAACUGCACGCCAUCCCUCCUCAGAGGCUUACCUCUUUUCAUGGUCGCUGGUGCCCACGUGUCCCUUUCUCAUCCUUGCAUAUCAUUCCCCAUUGUAGAAUACCAGCAUGAUGUUUCCAAUGAUUCAGUUCG